AUGUUAAGAACGUUUACAAGAUCAUUCUCAUCUACCUUAGCCAGAUACAAUUACGCAAAAGGUCAAUUAUUUGGUAGAGUUGGUGGAGUUGAUUUUAGAGAAUCAGAAAAUGGUACAAAAUAUAUUAAAUAUUCAUUAGCAGUUAAUAGAUUUAAAAAAGGUGAAGAAAAUGAUACAGCUACAGAAUGGUAUAAUAUUACAGUUUUAGAUGAAGAUCAAUUAAGAAGAAGUGAAAAAGUCUUAAGAAAAGGUAACAAGAUGAUUGUUGAUGUUCAAAUUAGAGCUGAUAAAUAUGAAGAUCCAGAAACUAAAAAAAUUAAUUAUAGAAAUUCAUUUGUUCAAAAAAAUUUUGAAAUUGUUAAUUGGGGUAAAAAACCAGAAGAAGAAGGUACUGAAACUACUGAAUAA